CCACUCUCAGAUUAUCUCGGGCGGAUAGAUGGAGGCAGACAGCACCGGUGGCAACAUGGGAGAGAAAGAAGACGUGAAAAUGGCAGAAAACCCAUUUGAACCUUAUAUUGAAUCUCUUCGUCAGCAGCUGGAAGACCAAGACCCCGUUUUUCUGAUCGGAGUUAUCGUCGCUUUGGCUGUCGUUGUCAUCACCUUUGUGUUUCUGAAGUACUUUCUCUCCAGCAAAACCGUCCGAAGCGCGGUGCUGCUGGUCGGACUGUGUGACUCCGGGAAAACGCUUCUUUUCAGCCGGCUGUUGUCGGGAAAGUUCAAGCGGACACAGACCUCCAUCACUGACAGCAGCGCUCCAUACAAAUCCAAAAACGACAGGGGCAGCACCUGGACUCUGAUAGACCUGCCAGGACAUGACAGUCUUCGCCCUCAGUACCUGGAGAAGUUCAAGUCUGCAGCCAGAGCGAUUGUGUUUGUGGUGGACAGCGCUAUCUUCCAGAAGGAAGUGAGAGAUGUGGCAGAGUUCCUGUACGUCUUGCUGACGGACAUUGUGAUCUCCAGGAAUGCCCCAGCGCUCCUGGUGGCUUGCAACAAACAAGAUAUCACCAUGGCAAAAUCAGCUAAACUGAUACAGCAGCAGCUGGAAAAGGAAUUGAACACCUUACGAGUGACACGCUCUGCAGCCCUGAGCUCUCAGGAUGGCUCUGUGGGCGGCAGUGUGUAUCUGGGGAAAAAAGGAAAGGACUUUGAGUUCAGCCAGCUGCCACUGAAGGUGGAGUUCGUGGAGUGCAGCGCCCGGGGUAGCAAGGGUGAAGACGGGGAUGCAGACAUUGACAGUCUGGAGAAGAGCUUGGCUAAACUGUAAAAUCAGCAAAUCUACAUCCUUGAUGCAGACUUUGCCUCGAAGGCACAGAUCUCGGAUCAGCGUGCCGUCACCCCAGUAAUCAGAGGGCUGAGGAUUGCAUCUCAGUGGAGGAUUUAUUUGACAGGAGUAACCAGUCAAAUGCACUCCCAUUUGUGACUGUCAAUAUAAAACUUGACAUUUCAGGUCAAGAAUGUGUGAGACAUAUUGAAUCAGAACGCACCAAAAAGACUGUGACGUAGCAGUUUGUCAGGUUGCUCUGCAGUGCUGAGAUAUGAUCAUGUGCUUAUGCAAUGUAAAUCUUACUGUGAACAUCCACCUCAAAGCGCUUUGUUUGGCUUGUUUAGACAAUAUAUAGUUUAAAGAACUUUGGAAAAUUCCAACAUUUGCUGUUUAUAAUUUAAAAAAAUUUAAAGGCUGCCACAUUUUCAUUUUUGUCCUAAACUUGUCUCAGCUAGUGUGACUUAUCAAGCUUCCUUGUAAAGACACACAGGUGUGAAUUCACUGACUUGAACUUGUGCCUUUUUCUGGUAUUCUUAUAGAAAAAUUAGCUUGUUUGCAAAAAAAAUGACGGUUUGUUUGAAAGUGUUGCCUGAAUACAGUGCAUUUGCAAUGAAUGUUUGAAUUUAUUGAGAUUUUGUUUGUACUUGUUUGGCUUGUUUCAAAAAUUGACAACAUAAAGCUUUUGAUGG